CUUAAAGAAAUGCUGGUGUGCUUAGUCGACAAUGGGCUCCAAGACCCUUAAAGCGGAAGUGGGAUGGUAUUGCGUGUUCGUCUCCUGGUUUAUGGUGUCCCACUAAUGAUGUCGGUUAAGACAUGUGACAGGUCAAGCCAAUCACACGCCAUGGCACCAGCUUACAAAUCGGCUCUUCUGUCGGUCAGGGAUUUCUGUAAAUGGGAUGAUGGUGAUUAGCUGGGUUUACGAUGACGUACGGUAUCUUUGUGUUUAAUCAUUCGGAUCUUUGGCAGGUAGUGAAACAUCACAAUUCGCUUCGGUACCUGUAAAUACUGUUGAUUUUAUUUAUUAUAAAUGAAAAUCCAUUUUGAAUGAAGACGAUGCGUUACACUUACGUUUACUUAUAGACCGACCUGAUCUUUGUUUAAGUAUGGGUGCGAAGACAGUCAUGAAAAUAUCGAACAAGUGCUUGCUUUACAGGAAUGGAUUAAACAUCACGCCUUGAACUUACUUUGAGUGUUAAACUUUCCUUAACUGCAUUGUUUGUGGAGAUCACCGGACUCAAUUUUUUUUUCUUAUCUAGACUUUUUAAAUAGUCAUCCAACAUGGCUCUUAUGAAGGUGAAAUUUGACCUGAAGAAACGGGUGAAGCUGGCCCAGAUGCUAUGGCUCCUGUACUGGAUCUCAGUCAUGGCCGGUGUGCUUGUCUUCAGCAUGGGCCUUUUCUUUAAAAUUGAACUGCGCAAGAGAAGUGAACUCAUGGACAACAAUGAAAGUCAUUUUGUUCCCAACCUGCUAAUUGGUGUGGGCCUGUUGGCGUGCGGUCUCAAUGCCUUUGGGGGCAAGAUCUGCUAUGAUUCACUCGAUUCCAUCAAGUUCGCAAAAUGGAAGUCCAUUUUGAAGCCCUUUCUCAUCUGUUGUUUGUUCUUCAACGUUCUACUUGUCCUCACGGCGGUUAUGUGUUUUACCAUGCGCAUACCUCUACAGUUCACCCUCGCCGAGGGUCUGAAAAAUGGAAUGAAGUACUACAAGGAUUCGGACACACCUGGUCGUUGCUACAUGAAGAGAACUCUGGAUCUCAUGCAGAUGGAGUUCCGUUGCUGUGGCAACAAUAACUACAAAGAUUGGUUUGAGAUCCAGUGGGUGAGCAACCGUUACCUGGACUUCAGCUCCAAGGAAGUCAAAGAUCGAUUCAGCAGUAAUGUGGACGGAAAAUAUCUAAUGGAUGGAGUUCCCUUCAGCUGCUGCAACCCCAGCUCACCCAGACCCUGCAUCCAGCAGCAAAUAACCAACAACACGGCUCACUACAGCUAUGACCAUCACACAGAAGAGCUUAACAUCUGGAAACGUGGUUGCCGGGAUGCCCUCGUCUCUUACUACGGUGGAAUGAUGAACACUAUCGGGAUACUUGUGCUGCUGGUUACCGCUCUGGAAGUUGCUGUAAUGAUUGGCCUUCAGUACGUGAACACCUCUCUGUCCACACUGGUGAAUCCUGAAGACCCUGAGAGUGAGAGCGAGGGCUGGAUCCUGGAAAAAACUGUCAAAGAAACCUUCACGGACAUCAUGGCUAAGAUGAAGGGCAUGGGCAAAGGCAAUCAAGUGGAUGAGGGGGCACAGGAAGGGGGUGUGGCCACUGUGAGCUGAACAAGCCUCACCCAUCAGAACUUUGGUCACGCCCAUCCGAGUUAGAGUGCUUUGGGAAAUAUAUCAUUCACUCUACACAAAGUGAAGACAAACCCAGUAAACUUGUUGAGAAAAUAAAAUGUGAAUACACACUCAUAAUAAAUUAUAGUUUAAUUGGUGUAAUAGAAAAUCAAUAUUAUGUUGAAAUCCAUAUAUAAAUUUAAUGCAUCGAAGGCAUUUUUUAUUUAAUGCAUCAAAUGCAUACAAUUUGAUUUGUACUGAAUUGUCAAAUGUAAAGGUUACAUUUUUUAUUUAUUUCUUGUUUGAGUUAACAUUCACCCCAAGGCUGGCAAGUCAAGGCUUUAUGAAAAGAUAAAGAAAACAUCCCUCACCCCGACCACAAUACAGUUAGUCCUUUUAUAAUUUAUUUAAUGAUAUUCCCUUAUUGUCAUGUUUGAAAAGUGUGACAAAGAAAAAAAAGUCAAUUUAUAACAAACAAAAGACGCUAGAGAGACCUUGUUCAGCGUUUUGGCUAGAGCUGGAUGGAAUGAACACAAAUAUAUAUAUUUGAAUUUAUGAAAAAGUUGUGAUUCUUUAUAAAAUGCAGUAAAAGGGUAAAAAUUAAUAUUCAAGAUAUAAUUUUGUGGCCUACCUGAUGUAUCCUCUGUUAGACGAUUUGCCAUAGUCUGAGUCGACUAGAAAAAUCAAAAAUGAUUAAAGUUCAACACCUGGUACCAAAAUAUUUGAUCAGAGGCUGACUUUGCAGGUUUAGGAGACUAGCAACGUUUUAAGCCCCAAAAUGUGCUAUGGUACAGAGGAAUAACCAGGUACAGGGUGGGUGGCGGGGGUGCUUGAGAAGGCCCCUGAAGCUCAGAAGAAAGCUUAAGUUUGGCAGCUAAACCCUGACCUGUGACUUCUGGAAUCUCCUGUGUUUUUACACCUGCACGUUUACUCCAUUUACUGUCCCAGGCCAAAGUCUGAAACUCACACGAACUUGUAAUUAUUUGUAAUUAUUAUA